AAUUGGGGCUAUCAAGUAGGCCAUAUCGCUGAUAUACACGUGACUACAAAUUCAGUACUUAGUUUCACUUCGGUAGUUACUUGA